AUGAAGAUUUCCGUAGUCUUUUUCUUUGUUGUAUCAGUUGCAGUACUUUCUUUAUGUCUUUCUGUCGAUGGCUUAGAGAAAUUUUCUCGAGGAACUUUUUCACAGAAGUCGAUCAUCAAGAAUAAAGCCGGUACUCAUAUUCGUGGUUAUGAUGACCAGGACAAGGAGGUUAUUGGCUAUCAUUAUGAUGGCGGAGACAUUUACCAGGAUGAUAAAGCACGCCUAGAAAGUUAUGAUGGUGGCAAAAAGAAGUGUAAGGAAUGCAAGAAAUGCAAGAAGUGUAAGGACUGCAAGAAGUGCAAAGACCAUAAGGAUCAAGACAAAGACAAAGACUGCAAGAAAUGCAAAGAUUGCCAGAAAUGUAAGGAAUGUUCAUACUGCAAAGACUGCAUGGAUUGCAACGACUGCAAAGACUACAACGAUGACAAAGAAUGCAAAAACUGUAAGGACGAUAAAGACUGCGAGAAAUGCAAAAAAUGCCAAAGCUGCAAGGAUUGUUCCUACUGCAAAGACUGCAAGGAUUGUAAGGACUGCAAAGACUAUAGCGAUGACAAAGACUGCAAGAAAUGCAAGGACGACAAUGACUGCCAGAAAUGCAAAGAAUGCCAAAGCUGCAUGGAUUGUUCAUACUGCAAACUCUGCCAAGACAAGGGUUGUACAAACUACAAGGGCAAAAAAGACUGUAAAGACGGCAAAGGCUGCCAAAACUUCAAAGGCGAUGACGAUGAUGACGACGAUGAUGAUUGUGAUGACGAAUGCGACGACGAUGACUGUGAUGAUGAUUGUGAUGAUGACUGUGAUGAUGAUUGCGAUGAUGAUGACUAUUUGGAUGGAAAAAGAGAAACCAUGUAA